GAGCAGUCCGGCGGGUGCAUGGGAGAAACGGGGAGUGGAAAAAUAAAGCUGGAAAAUACUUCAUGAAUUAAAGGGAUUUAUGGUUUUAUUUGAAGCAAAGCAAGGUUGUUCGUUUAAAUAACCACGCAGAAAUGGAAAGUGGACAAUGAGGUGUCUAUGGCCCGGCUACAGCUGACUGACUGAACAUGGCUCAGUUUCCCACGUCCUUUGGAGGGGGUGCGGAUGCCUGGGUCAUCUCUGUGGAUGAGCGAGCCAAACAUGACCAGCAAUUCCACAGCCUCACGCCCAGCCCCGCCGGCUUCAUCACAGGUGACCAGGCCAGGAACUUCUUCCUUCAGUCUGGACUGCCCCCUCCCAUCCUGGCACAGAUAUGGGCCCUGGCGGACCUCAACAGUGAUGGCAAGAUGGACAUGCUGGAGUUCUCCAUCGCCAUGAAGCUCAUUAAGCUGAAGCUGCAGGGCCACCAGCUGCCCCCCUCCCUGCCCAACUCCAUGAAGACGGCACCCGCACCACUCAUGGCACCCCCGCCCCCCUUUGGCAUGCCACCUAUCCCGAUCCCGCCAAUGCCCAGCCUGCCCCCCAGCUUGCCCCCCGGUGUUCCUCCAGGCGUGCCACCCAUCGCCACCCACCCCAUGGCCAUCGUACCCCCCAUCGCGCCCCUGGCAGGGGUGGGCAUGUCCCCGCCGCUGGUGUCCUCCGUGCCCCCUCCCGUACCACCCAUGGCCAACGGAGCGCCCGCCAUGAUCCAGCCUGUUACGGGGUUCUCACACCAAGGCACAGCACUCAACAAAAGCUCUUCUUUUAACCGUUCCAGUGCCAAGCUGCAGAAGGUCCAGUCUUUCGAGACUCCCAGUGCCCCUGUGGCCCCGCCUCCUGUAGACUGGGCCGUGCCAUCGUCAUCACGCCUCAAAUAUCGCCAGCUCUUCAACAGCCACGACAAGAUGAUGAGCGGCCACCUCACAGGUCCCCAGGCCAGAACCAUCCUCAUGCAGUCCAGCCUACCCCAGGCCCAGCUGGCAACCAUAUGGAACCUGUCGGACAUCGAUCAGGAUGGGAAGCUGACUGCGGAGGAGUUCAUCCUGGCGAUGCACCUCAUUGACAUGGCCAUGUCCGGACUACCCCUCCCCCCACUGUUGCCCCCCGACUUCAUCCCACCCACAUUCAGGAGGUAUCGGUCGGGCAGUGGGGCUUCCCUGACAAGCACUCUUUCGACUGGGAGUCAUUGUGAUUAUAUUGUGAGGGUUCGGUCAGGGAGUGGGGUGUCCCUGACCAGCAUGCAUUCCACUGAACAGCGCGUACAGGAGGAGGUGGAGGAGGAGGACCCACAGAAUGCAGACAAGAAGUUACCAGUGACGUUCGAGGAUAAAAAGCGUGAGAACUUUGAGCGCGGGAACCUGGAGCUGGAGAAGCGUCGGCAGGCCCUGCUGGAGCAGCAGAGGAAGGAGGCCGAGAGGGUGGCCGCGCUGGAACGCCAGGAGCAGGAGAGGAAGGAGCGCGAACGCCAGGAGCAGGAACGCCGACGCCUACAGGAGCUGGAGAAACAACUGGAGAGGCAGCGGGAACUGGAGAGUCAGAGAGAAGAGGAGAGGAGGAAGGAGAUCGAGAGGAGAGAGGCUGCCAAGCGUGAGCUAGAACGCCAGCGUCAGCUGGAGUGGGAGAGGAACCGGCGGCAGGAGCUCCUGAACCAGCGGAACCGAGAACAGGAGAACAUCGUGCUGCUCAAGGCACGCAAGAAGACACUCGAGUUCGAACUGGAGGCACUGAGUGAUAAGAAGAACCAGUUGGAGGGGAAGCUUCACGAUCUGCGCUCUCGGCUGACUGUCCAGAGGCAUGAGAUCGAGAACACUAACAAGACACGAGAGCUCCGCAUCGCAGAGAUCACCACACUACAGCAGCAGCUGCAGGAGUCUCAGCAGUGGUUGGCUCGUCUCAUCCCAGAUAAGCAGUGUCUCAAUGACCAACUCAAGCAGGUCCAGCAGAACAGCCUACACAGAGAUUCCCUGUCGGGCCUGCAGAGGGCGCUGGCAGUAAAGGAGGCGGCUCGACAGCAGCUGAAGGAACAGCUGGAGCAGGUGGAGACGGAGACGCGCGCCAAACUACUGGAGAUAGACGCAUUCAAUACACAGCUCAAGCGUGAGGGCUCGUUGGAGAAUGCGGCUCUGCUGGACUGCCUCUCCUCCCUGUCUGCCUGUCUCAGGCGAAUAGGGCGCUACCUCCAGGAGCUCAGGGAGAUCCACGUCAAGCAGCAGCAACAGCAGCAGCAGCAAUACCACAAGGAGCCCCUAGGAGGCGACAUGCAGCCCUCCAUCGACAGGAAAUCAGUAGAGCUCUCAGAGUCCAGGUUGUCUGGCACGGGCACGGACGAGGGGGUGCCGUCUCCGGUGCCAACCCCCACCCCUCCGCCUGCUGCCCAGACGUGGCUGAGUAGCGUGAGUGCCGCCAGCGAGGAGGAGACGAUGACGAUGCCGAUGGCCGCCCCCCUGCAGGACGCUCCGCCGCAGCCGCAGCCAGACCAGAUCAGCCAGCUCUUCAUGCCCCAGCCACAGGCCAAAAUACUGGGACAAGCACCCUGGCCCACGCUAGAUAAGGCUCCCUCAGUGAGCUCCCUGCAGGAGAAGGUGAAGGUGGUGUACUACAGAGCAUUGUACCCCUUUGACGCCCGCAGCCACGACGAGAUCACCAUACAGCCUGGAGACAUCGUGGUGGUGGAUGAGUCCCAGACAGGCGAGCCCGGUUGGCUGGGUGGAGAGCUCAAGAGCAAGACCGGCUGGUUCCCCGCCAACUACGCAGAGAAGAUUCCCGAAUCCGAGGUGCCACUCCCUCUACGUGCCACAGCAGCCACUGCCUGCGCCCCAGGCCCUAGGAUGGGCCCCAACAACGCCCAGAUGGCCACACCCACAUCCUCCACCACUCCCAUAUCCUCCGCCCCCACCCCGACUCCCACUCCACCCGCUAUCCAGCCCCAGGACCUGUUCCCCUCGGAGGCGGGCGCGGUGCCGUCGGCCGUCGCCCCCCCACCCCCCGCCGCCCCUCCGGUAGGCGCUGCUGCCCCCCCUGCUGCCGCCGCCGCCACCGCCCCCUCCUCCUCCUCCUCUUCGUCUUCCAAUGCCAACAACUGGGCCGACUUCAGCACCACGUGGCCCUCCAACUCGUGUGAGAAGCAGGAGAGUGAUGGCUGGGAUGCGUGGCCCUCGCAGGCGGCCCCCACCCCCACCCCCAGCCCUGCAGCAGCAGCAGCAGCAGCCCCUCCUCAGCCCCCCCAGCCUAGCCUGUCAGUCCCCAGCAGCAGUGGGCCCCUACGCCAGCGCUCAGCCUUCACACCCGCCACGCUCAGCGGCUCAUCACCCUCACCCGUACUAGGACAGGGUGAAAAGGUGGAGGGUUUGCAGGCUCAGGCCCUGUACCCGUGGCGGGCCAAGAAGGACAACCACCUGAACUUCAACAAGAACGAGGUGAUCACGGUGCUGGAGCAGCAGGACAUGUGGUGGUUUGGGGAGGUGCAGGGCCAACGGGGCUGGUUCCCCAAGUCCUACGUCAAGCUCAUAUCCGGACCCGUACGCAAGUCCAUCAGUAUUGAGUCUGGCUCUUCGGACAGUCCGCCCAGUGUGAAGAGACCCAGCCCCACCCCCAGCAAAUCUCUAGAGCUCGGAGAAGCAGAGUACAUAGCCAUGUAUACGUACGAGAGCUCGGAGCAGGGAGACCUGACGUUCCAGCAGGGAGAUCUUAUCACUGUUACCAAGAAGGAAGGCGAUUGGUGGACGGGAGUGGUGGGCGGGAGGACGGGGGUCUUCCCCUCCAAUUAUGUUAAGCCCAAGGAAUGUGACGGUUUGGGAACCGCAGGGAAAACUGGAAGCCUGGGAAAGAAGCCAGAGAUUGCCCAGGUCAUAGCGCCCUACACGGCCACGGGGGCGGAGCAGCUGACUCUGGCCCCAGGACAACUCAUCCUCAUACGCAAGAAGAACCCCGGGGGCUGGUGGGAAGGCGAGUUACAGGCGAGGGGUAAGAAGCGCCAGAUUGGUUGGUUUCCGGCCAAUUACGUCAAGCUGCUGAGCCCCAGCACCAAUAAGACCACGCCCACGGAGCCCACGCCGCCAAAACUACCUACGCCAACCGCAGUGUGUCAGGUGAUUGGCAUGUACGACUACACGGCCCAGAAUGAUGACGAGCUUCCGUUCGGCAAGGGUCAGGUGAUCAACGUACUGAGUCGUGAGGAUCCCGACUGGUGGAAGGGGGAACUGAACGGCUCCGUCGGCCUCUUCCCGUCAAACUACGUCAAGCUCACCACCGACACCGACCCCAGCCAGCAGUGGUGUGCUGACCUGCACCUGCUUGACAUGUUGGCCCCCAUGGAGCGUAAACGUCAGGGCUACAUCCACGAGCUCAUUGUCACCGAGGAGAACUACGUCAACGACCUGCAGCUGGUCACCGAGAUCUUCCAGAAGCCCCUGUUGGAGUCAGAGCUGCUGACAGAGAAGGAGGUGGCCAUGAUCUUCGUCAACUGGAAAGAACUCAUCAUGUGCAACAUCAAACUGCUCAAGGCUCUGCGCGUGAGGAAGAAGAUGUCAGGUGAGCGUAUGCCGGUGAAGAUGAUCGGUGACAUCCUGACGGCCCAGCUGCCUCACAUGCAGCCCUACAUCCGCUUCUGCAGCUGCCAGCUCAACGGGGCCACGCUCAUCCAGCACAAGACAGACGAGGCGCCCGACUUCAAGGACUUUGUCAAGAGGUUGGCUAUGGACCCGAGGUGUAAAGGGAUGCCUCUCUCCAGCUUCCUACUCAAACCCAUGCAGAGAGUCACACGAUACCCCCUCAUCAUCAAGAAUAUUCUGGAGAACACCCCUGAGAGCCACCCGGACCACAGUCACCUGCGCCAGGCCCUGGAGAAGGCAGAGGAGCUGUGCUCACAGGUCAACGAGGGCGUCCGCGAGAAGGAGAACUCGGACAGACUGGAGUGGAUACAGGCUCACGUGCAGUGUGAGGGGCUCUCUGAGCAACUGGUGUUCAACUCGGUGACCAACUGCCUUGGCCCGCGCAAGUUCCUGCACAGCGGCAAGCUGUACAAGGCCAAGAGCAACAAGGAGCUGUACGGCUUCCUGUUCAACGACUUCCUGCUGCUCACCCAGAUCAUCAAGCCCCUCGGCUCCUCCGGCACGGACAAGGUCUUCAGCGGCAAGUCCCACCUGCAGUACCGCAUGUACAAGACGCCCAUCUUCCUGAACGAGGUCCUGGUGAAGCUGCCCACGGAUCCUUCCGGAGACGAGCCCCUCUUCCACAUCUCACACAUCGACCGCGUCUACACCAUACGCGCCGAGAGCAUCAACGAGAGGACGGCGUGGGUUCAAAAGAUCAAAGCUGCGUCGGAGCUCUUCAUUGAGACAGAGAAGAAGAAGAGGGAAAAAGCUUAUUUAGUGCGUUCCCAGAGGGCGACGGGUAUCGGGCGGCUGAUGGUCAACAUCGUAGAGGGUAUCGAGCUCAAGCCCUGCCGUUCCCAUGGUAAGAGCAACCCGUACUGUGAGGUGACCAUGGGUUCGCAGUGCCACAUCACCAAGACCCUGCAGGACACCCUGAACCCCAAAUGGAACUCCAACUGCCAGUUCUUCAUCAAGGACCUCGAGCAGGACGUGCUGUGUGUCACCGUCUUCGAGAGGGACCAGUUCUCCCCCGACGACUUCCUGGGCAGGACGGAGAUCCGUCUGGCGGACAUCAAGAAGGAUCAGGGCUCCAAGGGGCCCAUCACCAAACGCCUGCUGCUGCACGAGGUCCCCACCGGAGAGAUCGUAGUGCGCCUAGACCUGCAGCUCUUUGAUGACACCUGAUGACACACAAACACACGCGCACACACACACACACACACACACACACACACACACACACACACACACACACACACUACAUGUGAGUGCUACACUCUACAGCCCUGUCCUCCCACUGUCCGAAGCCUAGUAGCUUACCAUGACAAUCCCACCUGUCCUGCCACACAUGUAAUAUUAGCGUGCGUGCGUUAGUGUGUGUACUGUGUGUUCGCAAGACAGAACGUGUGCUUGUGUGGAACCAUGUUUAAGCUAACUGUCUCAAUCAGUAAUCUAUUUUUAUGAACAGUUUUAUGUUUUUAAACCAUGACCAAGCUCCAUCAGCAAUCGUGUCUGCUACGACUUGAAAGUACAGUGCAGUACAUUUGUGCUGCUGUGCAUUCAUGACAUAUGUACAGUACAGUACAAUUCCACUUCAGUGUAAACAUGUUACGCAGUACAGGGGUCCGUAUCUCGAAAGCGUCUUUGCUAAUGACGGUAGCAACGUCCUUCGUAAGAGCGACUCAACUCUCUCUCGACAGCGACGCUCACCACUAAAUCCAAGGGAAUGGUGAGACGGUCUUAAGACGGUCUUAAGACGGUUAGCAACGACAAGAAUCGAGAAACGGACCCCAGCGUAGUACAUUUCUACUACUGUCCAAAUUGAGAAGUGGACUCCAAAUGUCCAAGUGUUAAGCUAUAUGUAUAACAAGAGUGACCUAUGCUACCUGAGCAACGGAAGUCAUUAUUUUGUCUAUGGCGGGUCGGCGAAUUAAGCGAUCAAAGCGAAUUCGCUGGGAGCGAAGCGACCUGAUCGACCAGAACGAAUUUCAGCGAUUAAAGUCAAGCUAAUGUUAUGGUAAUGAGCUAUGAUGCAGUUCAGCGAAAACCAAUUGGAAUGUUCGUAUCUUCGAAUUUCCCAGGUUGACAAGCUAGAGCCGUUAUGUGAGUAGCUAAAUCAAACAUGUCAAUGUCACGUCCAGGGUGAAUAAAGCAAAUUCAUAGCGAAACUUCUUCAGUGACCUCAGUCUCUGGGGUAGCGUAGGUCAUUUCUGAUGUACAUGUAGCUUUGGGCUGAUACUCUAGUUGAGAGAGGGCAUCAUGAAUAGUGUUUAUUAUUGUGCGCUGGUAGUUUAGAAGAGCAUAGGGAACGUAAAUUCUCCCAAUGCAGGUGUUAUUUGUUUUUCCUCAGUAGUUCUUCAAAAAGACAACCUUAUAAGACAGCAAACUGUUGUUUGACAGUAGGCCUACAGUACAUGCAUGGAAUGGAUGCGUACAUUAUCACCAAGUGAAAGGUUUCCAUCAAGCCCUGUAGGAGAAACACUAAGGUGUCAUUUACGGUUUACCAGCCUACAGUUACGUUAUUAAUAUUCAAUACAACAUUGCGGUCAUGAGAUCUAGCGGGCGGAAAUGAGAGGCCUCAGUGUGUAGUCUGAAUAAUAUCAUGGUCAUUAAUACUAUGGAUUUUGUUUUAUGUUUUUUAUGUUGUUUAUUUGUUUAGUUUUUUUGUUUUUUUAAUUUAUUUAUUUUUCGUCAUGAAUGCAAUGUGGAUUGUGGAUUUUUACCAAGUUUUGCAGUUAUUGGAUGUUUGUAAUGACAAAGGCAUCAGACCAAGAUUAUUUGAUGCUGGAGAAUGACAGGAUUUUUGGAUUGUUUUAGUUACUGUUAUUGUUAUUAUUAUUAUUAUUGUUAUUAUUAUUAUUUGCACUUGACAGUGGGCAUUAACAGCAUAUGUGAUGCCACUGUAGUGUCGACUCUGAGCUCAGCACUGAAAGUCUAGCCUAGUAAAUUAGACGAACAGGAG